ACCCGGUCGCCGGCUCCCUCUCCUAUUCUUUCUUAUCCCCCGUAACGCCGUCACGGAGCCGCCACACCGUCGCGGAGGAGGACGGCGAAUCACAUUGCCGUCGCGGGGUCCUCGAGAAUCCUCCCGCUACCACUGCUAUUAAAGCCGCGUCGAGUGGUGCGGUGACCGGCCGGCACACUUCUGGCACUAAAGAAACCGUGGCUCCCCUACUCUGAACCCAAGAGCAAAAAUUCCCCAGGCCUACUCUGAACCCUCUCUCCUCGCGCGAAUUCGCUGCCCGUGUCUCCCAAGUCAGAGCUUCCUGGUCCUCGGAUUCGGCCGUGUAGCUGAGCUGUGCUCACGUUGGUGAGAUAUUAUACGGUUUUGGUGCUCAAAGCCGCCGAUUUCGGCCGUUCCUGGAGUGGUCUCCGGCGCGGCUGCGGUUACCGGCUCGAGGGGGCUGGAUCCGGUUGGGUUCCGUCGAAGGUCGGAUUCUUGAAGCAAGGCAUUAUUUUGGCCUCUCGGUUGUCCAUAGCUGCGGUCGUGGUAACCUUUUAGGUACUGUUGUCUUCUUGGAUUAGUUUGAUUCAUCUGCCGCUGUGCCGUAGUCCUUGCUAUUUCUGUUUUUGACGCCUUCUGUCGUCUCGAAGCAUUGUUUAGAGGAACUGCUUCAAUUUGACGGGCUGCUGCUGUGCUGACCCGACGGGCCGCUCGAAGUCGAAGAGCUGAGGACAGAAUAAAAAUCUGCUAUUUCUUAGCAAUUCUUGAGUGAUUGAUCUGUUGAAGAAGCAGAAAGGGGCGACUUUUGAAUUGGACAAUGCAUACCAAGGCUCUAAUCCACGCAGAACCGGCUCUGGAGUUUGACCAGUUCGACUGCUUGCCGGAUUCACUUGUGCUGCUGAUCCUGAACAAGCUUGAAGACAUGCGUUCGCUUGGCCGGUGCUCUGCCGUGUCGAAGCGGUUCAACGGCCUUGUUCCCCUCGUGCAUGAUGUGUGUGUUAGGAUUGACCGCGUUGUGGCUGUGGACGGUGACUCCGAUGAUGCUCUCAACCUGUCGUCGCCAAAGCCCCAGAACAUCUUCUGGCAUUUCUUGAAGCUGAUGCUGUUCACAAUAGCCAAACCCUUCCAUGAUUUGCGCAAUCAGAAUGGCACAGGGCAGCCACUGUUUCCGCAGCUCGCUCAGCAUUCGCCUGUGCAGGUGCUGAGGAACUUCUCUCAUAUCCGCAAUCUUUGUGUGGAGCUCCCCUCUGGGGAUGUUGGGACUGAGGAGGGGGUUCUGCUGAAGUGGCGAGCCGAGUAUGGCAGUACACUUCAGAAUUGUGUGAUUCUGGGUGGUACCUUGGUUGAUCGCAAGCCAACUGGCAAUGAGCACGAGCCAUUGCCGGAGGACAAUGGAAGCAUGCCAGAAUCUUUCUACACCAAUGGUGGGCUGAAACUUCGUGUUGUGUGGACUAUCAGCUGUUUGAUUGCAGCAUCGACAAGGCAUUAUCUUCUCCCGUCAAUUAUCAAGGACCAUCCAACAUUGAGAAGCUUGGUUUUGGCAGAUGCUGAUGGGCAGGGCACAUUGUGCAUGGGGACAGAGCAGCUGAAGGAGUUCAGAGAAAAUGAAUUGUCAGCCUCAGCAUGUUCCAACAGGACACAGGUACCAGCAUGCAAUAUGAAGCUGAAAUACGCACCAUACCUUGAGCUGCCUGGUGGCUCGGCAUUGCAAGGCGCGACAUUGCUCGUUAUCAAGCCCGCCAACAAUGGGAGCUGCAGCGGCCAUGGCAGUCGGAAGGAAGCUGAAGCUUUUGUCUCAGAAUCAAGAGUGGUUAGCAUCUCUCCACCAAUGGCCGCAACAAGUUGUGGAGAGAAGUCGGUUCCAGAUGCUGAUCUGCCAGUUCCAGAAACUGACCCAGUGUCCAUUGCUUCUCCAAACUGUGGCCUAUUACCAUGGCACAACGUUGACCUGUUAUCAUGUUGGUAUUUCCAGCAUUUGCUAAAUUUCAGGAAGGAGGAGCUUAACAGCACAAAAUGUGCCGAUUUAAGAAAAGUUCUUGUUGAGUCCCUUGAUGAUUUGAUGUUAAAGGGUGUUACAACUGCCUUAAAUGAUCCAGUGGGUAGGACAGCUAAUCUUAUGGAAAACAACAAGCAUAGGCGGAGCUUACUUGUGCUGGCUACAAACUCGAGCAAUCUAGCUGCAAUGGAAUCAAACACUGUGAUUGGAGAAGUUACAGGGCUGACAUGUCUCUUUUCUGACGGCCAGUUUGUGAAGAUGGUAUACUACAUGGUCAGAAUCUGUGAGGAACAGCUCAAAAGGAGCAGAAUGGAAGAGUUUACUUCUUCAAAAUCUAGUGAACUUUACAUAGUAACCCUUUUACAGUGGAUCCUUCCCCUGCUCUUACAGUUGCUUCAAUGCAUACAUGGGCUUUGGGAUGAAACAAUUCGUUGUUAUUUGUCUGAAGAGCUUGAAAUGGCCAAGUAUCCGGAUCCUUUCUUACCAUUUAAUUGUACCUCUAAAUUAGCUUUCACUAAGAAAAUGGAAGGUUCUCAAGAAAAAGAGACUCAAGCACUGUUAGAGACAAGAGCAUUGUUAGAAGGAAUCCGACAGAGUGGUUGGAGAGCAUGUCAACGGGUGCAGCGUUUGGGAUAUUGUCAUGUGACAAUGCCAUAUUUUAAGUAAUAGUAAUCUUAGGUUAAAAUGACAUGCAUAGAAUCAGAAAUGUAGUUAUGACCAAUUAUCCCUAAUGAUGUACGACCUAAGAAAUACGAUUGUAAUCGUAGUAUAAUCUAAAACGUAACUCGUUAGCUUUUCUAUUGUAACUAUGUACUUCUAGACGUUCGAUUGUAAUUGGUCUUAUCUAGCAGAUUGUAACUAAUAAUUUUUUGAGUUGUAACUGGGAGUGACGCAAUAGUAAACUACAGCGCGCUUAGGUGUAUAAUAUAUAUAUUGUUAUGUUGAAAUUUAGCUUUGUUGUUUUCCUUAAUGCCAUGCCUGAUACCUUAUGAGACCUAUCUAUAGGAAAUCGUCAUGUUGGCCUGGUUUGAAAUUUAUUUGUUGUGAUUUGUAAAUUUUGUAUUAUAUUUAGAACAAAGUAAUUUACAUGCGGAAUACAUGGUUGUUACGGCGGUGUGACGAGAUGCGGCGACCCACUACCUUCAUAAUUUUUUAGCGCCAUGACGCGUGGCAUGACGGUACCAUACACAUCGGUAUGUCGAAUACACAUAUUAUGGUCUAGGAUAUUAGAAAAUUAUAUUAGCAAAUAUCAAUAUAAAUGUAUCUCAAAAAUUAUAGUUUAGGGAUAUUAGGAAAUCAAAAUAGCAAUGUACUUCCUCCGUUUCAAAAUAUAGGGUGUAUUAAGAUCUGGUAAAGUCUUUGAAAGUAUAUUUUGACAAUUAAUUUAUUUUGUAAUAUAUUAUCAAUUGCUACAAAAUCAAUAUCAUAUUAAAAGAUCUAUAAAAUACAGAUUUAUUGAUACUACUUUUGUACAUUAAAACAUAUGUAUAAUUUAACUAAUUAUUAAUUAAAAUUUACAAAGUUGACUUUUCCAUAUCCUAAUAUGUUUUAUAUUUAGAACGGAGGGAGUAAAUUGUAACAGAUUAUGUGGUAUACUUGGUGCUGUGUUAUACUGGUGAGUGACACUAACCGGAUAUGUUCCUCAAAUCAGUGACAAAGUGGCCGACUUGUAAAUUGUAAUGCAAUCGUACAGUACUGAACACAGAACACUAUUUCGGAUCAGAUAAAGUAGGCAGCAGCGCUUAGCACUUAGCAGAAGAGUACAAGAGCAGUGAGCAGAGCCAAGCUCUGGCACCAAGCACCAGCAGCGGUAGCAGUAGUAGGCUAGCAGAAGAGUACAAGAGCAGAUCACACAGGUAGUAGAGUAACAGAGCACAGCACACAAGUAGCAGAUCAGAGCUGAGGAGCACACAAGUACUAGUUCAAGUAACAUACUGCUGACCUGCUAUACUUACUAGUACAGUUCAAGUAGCAAUGCCAGUUGAGAAGAGAGGCCGAGAGAGAAGAGACUAAAAGAGGUAGAGAGAGAUCACUUACUGAGCUCAAGAGGGGCUGCGCAGGGGUGGACAGGGUGACAGUGGCGUAUGGCGAGAUCUCAAGUAGGCGGACGGUGAGGAGCACGUGCACGCGGAGCGGUGGAUGAAUCCAAGCAGGGGCGGCACCACGGUGGACGGAUUUGAGUAGGGGUGAUGGGCGGCGAGGAGCAUGGGCAGGGGGACGGCGAGGAGCAUCGAGCACGUGCGGUGGACGGCUCUCGAUCUUGGUGGCGGCGGCGGUGACCCGUGACUCGCCAACUCGAGCUAGGCCAGGUAUAACUAAUGCCUCUCGGUUUAUGACGCACUCAAGCUCUCCUCCGGUCCUCCCCUUGACUAAAUCGGGAUGGCACCCGCCACACCAAAAAGGACGCCAAAAGACGCCUUAUCGUCGUCACAGUGAUGCCACGCCGAUAUGGCGGACACCAUACACGUUGACGUCAUGUCUAGCUAGCAAGUUAUCUGUAAAUGCAAUAUCAGGCAUGUUUCAAUUUGUAAGAUACAUUAGCGCUUCAAAGGUACUAAGAUAUGGAAUCUCAUAUGUUGAUAUCUCUUCAUUAUCAUCUCGAGAUCUGAAUAAAUCUUUAUCCAUAUGAGAUCACGAUUACAUGUGUUUUUUAUGGAUAUGAUUUAUGAUA